CGUAGAUAAAAAUGGCUCCUUCUUCUUCUCCAAUGGAAGCUAAUGCAGCCAGAGAUCAAGACAAGAGUGGCAAGAAGAUGAGCAGAGUUAGGAGCUGGGGGACCAUGGGGUUCUACUCGUCGUCUUCCUCCUCCUGCAGGAGCAGAAGCCUGCAACCAGUGGGAGGAGAAGGCAAGAAUGGCGGCGGUGGCAAGAAGACGAAGAAGAAGAGGAGCAUCACCUGCGCGGGAUCCAUCUGCAGCACCAAGGAGAGCUCGGUGUCGAGCAGGGGAAGGCCAAGCCGGCGCCGGAGCAGCAGCAGCCGCGCGCGCGGCGACGGCGGCAGCACGUCGAGCAGGUCGCUGAUGGCGCCCGACCACGGCGACUCCGCCGCGGGCGGCGCCGUCGUCUCCGCGUCGUCGUCGUUCAACUCCGUGAUGACGGCGGCGACGUCGGUGACGGCGACCACCGCCACCACCACCAGCAGCUCGUCGACGACGACCUCGCCGCCGUCGGCUCUGUCGUCGCCGCUGUCCUCGCUCGGCGGCUCCUUCAGGGCGAUGCAGAUCAGGAAGCUCUCCGGCUGCUACCUCCAGUGCCACUCGGUGCUCGACCCCCGCAGCCUCGCCGCCGCCUUCCCCUGCUCAGACUGCGACGAGGUCUUCGUCAAGCCCGACUCCCUCGAGCUCCACCGAGCCACCAGGCACGCAGUUUCAGAGCUUGGGGCGGAUGACACGAGCAGGAACAUCGUGGAGAUCAUCUUCCAGUCGAGCUGGCUCAAGAAGAACGGGCCGGUGUGCAAGAUCGAGAGGAUACUCAAGGUGCAGAGCUCCGACAAGACCAUCAAGAAGUUCGAGCAGUACAAGGAGCUCGUCAAGGAGAAGGCGAGCUGUGCCAGCGACGAGGCCAAGAAGAACCCCAGGUGCGUCGCCGACGGCAACGAGCUCCUCAGGUUCCACUGCACCACCUUCACCUGCUCCCUCGGCCUCGCCGGCGGCACCGCCCUCUGCUGCGGCUCCACGUCGCCGGCGCAGUGCAAACUCUGCGCCAUUAUCAAGGAUGGGUUCAGGGUGGAUGGGAAUGGAAGGAUCGCGACAAUGGCGACGAGCGGCCGGGCGCACGACACGGCGGAGGUGUCCUCGGACGGCGAGAAGAGGGCAAUGUUGGUGUGCAGGGUGGUCGCCGGCAGGGUGAAGAAGAUCGGCAGCAGCAGCAGUUCUUCAGAGGAGUUUGAUUGUGACUCUGUCAGUAGCUGCUCAGAAGGGGUUUACUCAGAUUUGGAUGAACUGUUUGUGUCCAGUCCCAGAGCUAUUCUGCCUUGCUUUGUAGUCAUAUACAGUGGCUAUUAAGUCAAAAAAAAAAAACUACUACUAGUAGAGAUUUUGCCACUGUUUCUGCUCUAAUGUCCCCCUGUUCUAGGUUUUAGCAUGUUUAAUUACUUCAUGUUCAUCGUCAGAUCAUAAUGCAAAGAUCUGCC